UCAGGUUCUAUGCAUGAACCACUUUUCCUUCCACUACGCUUACUUAAUGAUAGUGAUUCAAUCAAUAUUGGUAAGAAUAUGAAAUUGUUUGAUGAUGACGUGCAUCCAUAUUUUUGAAUAAGUAUUGCAGAUGUCGGCGGACAUGUGAUAACAUUGGAGUAUUAUUAUGAUCGUUUUAAAGAUCAAUUAUCAAAAAGGACGGAAGAAAUAAAAGGAACAAGAAGCGGAAAAACUAGAAACAGCUCUUUGUAACAUGGAUAUCGGGAAAUCAUGGCUCAUAUCAAAUUCAGAUAUGGUCUUGAUAAUUCACGUUCUUUUUCUGUACCUCUCGCAAAGGCCAUAUUGGGCCUGCCGGUUAAAAAGAUGGAUGUGGUUAAAACAGAGGAAAAAAAUGAUGUGUAUAAUGAAGAAAAGAUCUUUACCUAUGAAGAUCUUAGUUCUAUGGGAGUUGUGUACCUGGAUAUGAGAAAGACUCUAUUUAAGGGUGCGCAUUUUUCCCAUACUUUUCCGAAUGUUAAAGUUGCCUUGCCUGAUGUUGAAGAUAUCAAAUUGUAUAAAUUAAAUCAUCGAUAUCCAGUCACUCAAUCCUACGAGAAAACCCCAGUGAAAUAUGAAAACAUGAAGGAAAUAAGAAACGGUUAUCUCGACCUUGAUUUACUGAAGAAUGAUAAUAUCAAGAAAUACAUUGGUUGUGUCUUUCUUAAUGCGGCUGGGAAACUUGGGAUAUCUUUGGGUUUCUUAAUGACGAAAGUCUAGAAAUUUGUUGCUUAUUUACAUAUGCAAGUCGAGCACAAUUUGCGUCUGCAACGAAAAAGUAUAUCUCA